GCUCUCCAGAAUUUGUCUGUCCUCUGGGGUGGAAUCUGUCGAGCCUUGAGAGAAGCCUGUCCUGUGCUGGCGCUGCCAGAGGCAACCUGCGUACUCCAGGAGGUGAUGGGGAUCCCCUCGUCCCUAGCCCUCCCCGCUGCCAGGAGUGACUGGGCUGGUUGCAUGCCCUGCCGUCCUUUGGGCCACAUGCUCCUGUGGACAGCUCUGCUAUUCCUGGCUCCUGUUCCUGGGACACGUGCAGUUCUCCCAAAGGCUGAGGUGAAGCUUCAGCCUGCAUGGAUCAAUGUGCUCCAGGAGGAUUCUGUGACACUGACGUGCCAGGGCGACCAUGACCCUGAGAACAACACCACCCAGUGGUUCUAUAAUGGGAACUUCACCUGGACCGAGAACCAGCCCAGCUUCAGCUUUAAGGCCAGGAGCGCUAGCAGCGGAUACUACAGGUGCCAGACUGCCUACUCCAGUCUCAGCGACCCUGUGCAUCUGGAUGUGAUUUCUGACUGGCUGCUGCUCCAGACCCCUAGCCUGGUGUUCCAGGAAGGGGAGCCCAUUGUGCUGAGGUGCCAUAGCUGGAGAAACAAGCCUCUGCAUAAGGUCGUAUUUUUCCAGAAUGGAAAAUCUAAGAAAUUUUCCUAUGUGGAGUCCAGCCUCUCCAUCCCACAUGCAAACCACAGUCAUAGUGGUGAGUACCACUGCACAGGAUCAAUUGGGAAGACGUCACGCUCAUCACAGCCUGUGAACAUCACUGUCCAAGGUCCGGCAAUUCUAUUCAUCCUUCCACCUUGGUAUCAAAUAACUUUCUACCUGGCGAUGGGGCUCCUUUUUGCAGUGGAUACAGGGCUGUAUUUUUCUGUCCAGAGAGACCUUCAAUGCUCAAAGGGAGAGUGGAAGAACAGCAAAGUCAGAUGGAGCCAAGGCCCUCAGGACAAAUGAUCGCUCAUUCCAUGGUGUAACAGCUGUGGUAGCAGCAUCUCUUCAGUCCGUAACUCUUCCCCCAGCCCCGACUUAACAGCAAUUUGGGCCAAGGACCCUCCCAGGAAGGAAAGGGCCUGUGAUCUUCAGAGCUAAAUCCUAACAGGCCUUACCUUUACUGAUUUCCUGAAGGCCAAGGUACAGUCACAACCCACCCAGCUCUUCGAAGACUCACAGCAAAUGUGUUUUCACAGAUGUUUGACAGAGGCUCCUCAAAUAUAUGAAACCUCAGUAAACUCUGCUCUACUUCCAAAAUAAAUCCAACAAUCUGACAACUUCUCAGUACUCUACUACUGGCACCUUGGUCCAAGCUACCAUCAUCUCUCACUUCCACAGCCUCCUGAUUGGUCUCCCUGCAUUUACUCAUGCCACCUGACAGUCUAGUCUCAACAAAACAGCUAAAGUGAUCUUUUAAAAAUGUGCGUUGCACCUGUCACUUCUUUGCUCAAAGCUAUACAAUAGCUUCCCUCUUGUACUUAGAGUAAGAGCUAAAGGCUUUGCUACAAGGCACUACAUGAUCUUCUUCCUCACUGCCUCUCUGACCUCAUCUACUGCUCUUCUUUGCUUCCUUGAACACUUCAAUUAUUCUUCUGCUCCAGGUUUAUAUUAUUUACUGUUUCUGAAAUGUUCUUUCUUACAGAUGUCCACACUGUGCUUCGCAGCAUGGUCUUUACUCAAAUAUCACCUUAUCAGUGAGGUCUCCUUGACCAUUCAAUACAACACCACUCCUCCACUAUCUCCUAAUCUCCCUCUCUUGCUUGAUUUUUUCCCCCAUUGUACUCAUCACCAGCUGAAGUACCAUAUGCCCAAUUGUUUAAUUGUUUAUUGAUGUAUUUUUCCCCAUUGUACUUAUUACCAACUGACUAUCCCCUCUCCCAUUAGAAUAUAAGCUCCAGGAUCCAGUGCUUUUUUUCCGUUUUGUUCACUACCAUACAGUUAGAGUCAAGGUCAGCAUCUGGUACAUGACAAAGCAUACAAUACCUAUUUGUGGUGUGAGUAAAUUCCUUAUAAUUUGAAAUCAAAGACUUUUUAAAAAGGCACAUCUACUCCAUCUUCCCAGAAGCAGAAAUCCAAUUCAAUAUUACUGAACACCCUGUUAGAUACCAUCCAAGAUAUACCACUGGUACAUGCAUUUCAGCUUUGAAUGUAUUUGCCUAAACUCUUUAAUAUAAUUUACUUUCACCCAUCACAUCUUUUAAAGUAGUGUAUCAGUUGGACUUGCUUCCCUUUAAUUUAAUUAACUUUCUAAGCCUAUAGAGUAGCAUUGUGAAAAGUAUACUGAAAAUAGAGCCAAACAACCUGAAUUUGUGUUUCAUUUCUACCAUAUGCUAGCUGAUUGGUCUUGAAGAAUUUAACUACUCUGUGAAUUAUAUUCUUCUUCUGUGAAAUGGUAAUAUCUUUCUCUCUCCCCAGGGAUAUCUUGUUGAGGUUAAAGUUUAACAACAUACAUGGAAACAUAAUGUCAUUGGAACAUAAUAGGUAUUUAAUAAAUGUUUAUGGAAACUGUAGUCUUUGGAGCACACUAUUUGGCUGGCACUUUCCCCUUAAACAGAUAAGACUGUUUUUACUAUAGUAACUGAAAAAAAGGUAGGGAGGUGUAAGUUGGAGUAGGGAUGGACUAGAAGGUAGAACUGAGUGAAUUACAUUUUUGUGGCUAGUCACAUUGGGAAAAAAAUGGGUGAUAAUCCUACUUGACCAGCUCUAACCUGCAUAUUAAACUCACAGAUCAUAAAAAUACAAUCUUGGAGUUCCCGGUGUGGUGCAGCAGAAACGAAUCUGAUUCGGAAC